CAGAAUUUGUAGAUUUUCAAUGAAAUUUUCGGCUCAAAACCCUGAUGAAUCUGUAAAUGAGGAUUGGUCCAAUAAUAUUGAAAAUAAUUUUUAACACCCAAUCCAGCUUCAGUUCAAGUGCCUGAUGGUUUAAUUGACUGCCGGAUGAAGGAUAAAGAAACGUCGAGUAGCAUUUUACGUUAAGUUUGUUCCGUUUCCUCCCAUUAGAAAUCCAUAACGUAUUCAAACAACAAAGGAUCCUGCUGAUCUAAAUGACGACUGUAUUGAGUAUUUAUUUAAGUAUCUCCCGAUCGAUACUCACAUGAGCUUUACAAGAGUUUGCACACGUUUCCGAAACGUUUGGCUGAACUAUAGAAAAUAUAUUUAUUCUCGACUUGAACUUGGAGAAACAAACGCAGAAGGAUUUCAACAGGAAAUGAUAUUAUUACGUCAAAUAAGCGAACAUGUAAAGCAUAUAACUAUAAAUAUGAACAGGAAUUUUGAUUGGAGUGGAGUGCCUUUAGCACAGUUUAUGACCAAUCUAAGAAAAAUGUCUGCACUUGAACGUGUUUUACUUUGGAUUAAGGACAACGAAUCACACAAGACAUAUGAAUGUAUUCUGCGAGCUCUUGAGCAAUUGCCAAGGAUAAAAGGAAUUGCCACCUAUCAAGAUAAUAACGUUGUUGAUAGCCUGUAUCAGUUCAACGACUGCGAAAGCCUACUCAGGGAAUCGGCACAUAGUAGAGACCCCUUGAUGGAGUUCAUUGAAAACCAUACGAAAAUACGUGUAUUGUUAUUUAAUAACGCUUCCAUUCGCCCCACGCUCGAAGAUCUUGUGCGGCACUCGACGUGUGUAAAGGAGCUCACAUUUCGAAUGACCCAAAAGGCUGCUGAGUACGUCCCUCUGGCUGAACUACCUGAGCUAAGGGAGCUACAUAUCUUUGCCAAUAGGCAGCAACAUGAUUGCUGCCCUCUACUACCAUUAUUAGCUGCCAUACAAUGCAAGCUCUCACAGCAACUGCACACCUUAACGAUCAAUGCACCUGGAGUGGGUUAUCCAGAAGCCUGUGAAAUUGCACGUAUAAGUAGUUUGCAGCGAUUGGAUUGCCAUCUCACAGAGCCACUUUGCCUGCAAGCUUUGAUUGCUCUCAAUCAGCUCACGGACUUCUUCAUACAGCUGCCAGAAUGUAGUCCUAUAGAUGAUCUGGUUUUAGAUAUACUCAAACAUUGCCAAAAAUUAAAUGUUUUAAGAAUAGAUUUACCAAAUUUAGGCUCAAAUUUUCUUGCUGAGGCAUAUCAAUUGCUACAGCAAGUACGAGAUCCAACCAAGCAGAAGCCAUUGAUUCUAAUGCUGGGCAUUAAUUGUACAAAAUUAGACAAGAAUAUGAAUUGUUAUUUAAAGGUAAUACGACAAGAAUAAGAAGACUUCUGUUGAUCUAUUAUAUAAUACUAUUAGAGAUCGAUAGAUAGAAAAAU